AUGUCUGUUCCAUCAAUUGGUACACCAGUAUCGUAUGACUUUGCUUAUCGACAGACAAGCACUGAGGGGAAAACCCCGAGGCCUAGCCUCACUACUUUCCGCGCACCUUCUUACAUCCACGUGGAGAGCUGGGACUACACAGCUGACUUUUACGAUGACGAGAUCUUAGCCGGUGAACAACUGGCGGAUCAGUGUGACGCAGUCAUCUCACAUCCAGUGGAUCUAUCGCGGCGAACGUGCCGUCGACUCCAACAAUCCUUCGUGGAGAACUUCCUUCGGUGGACACCUAUUUUCGAUCAACGAACCUGCGUCAGUGCGCUUGAACAGGCAGACUCAAGUAGCUUCGAGCACUCUAGUGCAUCAACAUGCCUAGCACUUCUGAUCCUGGCCCUUGGUGCAAUCUCUGAAGAUAGGAAUGAUAACUCGAAUAAUCUCACUCCAGGGCUGGAGUACUUUGCACGUGGCUGUCGCCUCCUCGAGCACCUGUCGCUUCGCAUCGGAAACCUAACUAGCCUUCAGUGUCGGAUACUGCAAGCUUCGUACUUCAAGUUCGCUAUCAGACCACUGCAGACAUGGAACUCCAUCACGCAGGCUGCGAGAGACUGCAUGCAUAUUUUGAGCUCCAGAGCUAUGCAACGCUACAGCCCAUCAGACCAAGAAGCAUUCAACCGAGCGUUUUGGGCUUGCUCUACCGUCCUGCACGAGCUUGAGGCUACAUGUAAAAUGCAUCCCAUCGGACUACGCCACUUCCAUGAAUUGGUACCGCUUCCUCAGUUCGAAGAAGAGGAUUCAGGCUUCUACUUCUUCCUAGCGCAGAUUAGCCUUAGGAAGUUCCUGACACAGACUCUUGAAGUUGUCGGUUACUUUACAGGACAGGUUAUAUUUGCACCUGUCGUCAUUGGCGAGCUACGGAAACAAGUUCGCGAGUGGUACGAUAAUCUGCCUUCUGCCGUUCGGUUUCCCCUGGAUUCGACGCCGCUGUUUGACUCUAGGAAGUCUUUCCUAAGGAUUCAGUACACAGCUCUACACGUAGUGCUUGGCUGGCCUUCAGUACUUAAGAUACUCGAGAACAGCGAAGGAGAGGCCAGUGCUCAGGAACAUGACACGAUUGUAGUCACAAGGGAGCAUGCGCGACACUGCAUAAAGAGUUCAGCCUUGCUUCUAAGUAUAGCGGACGAGCAACUCAUGGGAAGAAAGAUGGGAACGUACUUUACACUAUACCCGACAUUUGCGUGCUUCGCAACCCUACUCAUAGCAUACGGCCAUACGGCCCUCGCUUUCAUCGAAGAAACCAAACAGGAGCAGCAUAUACGCAAUGGAUACGAAGCACUGUGGCCAUGGACGCAUCUGCCUCUGGUUCGACGAGGAUUAGAAAGGGCACGCAUUUUAAUGCAGCAACAUGAUCUUGCGCAUAUCUUCCACGCAUGUGCAGAUGAAUCACCUCAGCCUGCGUCUGGCAUUAGUCCACCAGUAGCAACGAGUGUACUUGACUCCGUGUUGACAUAA